CAUAUUCGUACAGAUUCGUUAAUGUCAGCAUUGUUGUUGUUUUUAUCAUAUUUACUGACUAUUCAUGAAGCCUUCUCGAUAAGUUUUCAUUACAAUUGUUUAAAAACAUUCUCCUUCUCUUAUUGUGUAAAGGAAUACUCAGAAGUCUGUCCAAAACAUGAACAUUUUGAGAUAAUUGAUUGGGAGUUAAACUUACCAUCAGAAAGGAGAGUUAGAUAUGAGGCCAUGGCAAGUAACUCUGGAUUAAAUGGAUUGUAUAGACCGAGAAGUGCUCUGGCUCGUGCGAUGUAUGAAAAGCAACGAAAUGAUAGAUACCUUCAAGAGUUUGAUCAAAAUGAGUGGUACCAAGUGGACAAAAACCAGCUACCACCAGAAGCGCAAGAGAAGUUCAUUCAGCUGCACCCCGAUAAAGAGACUCAAGAGUUCCUCACGGCCUCCGUGGACAAGUCAUCCUGGGUCUGGACGCAGCUCUGGUACAUCCUGGCCAAGUCCUUCUUGAGACACUUCUGGACAACUACUGAUAUCAAUGGCUGGCUGGGACGAGGGUCAAUGUUCGUGCUAUCAUCAGCUCAAACCCGGUUACUACUGAAGGCCGCGCGCUCCGGCCAGGGCAGCUCGAGCCCGGACAAGCUGUCAGCGCUCGUGGAUGUGGGCGCUGGAGACGGGGAAGUGAGCAAGCGGUUCGCCGAUCUGUUCACUGUGAAGUAUGCUACGGAGAUAUCCGCGUCUAUGAGGAAAGUGUUGAGCGGGAAGGGGUUCACCGUGCUAGACGCGGACACAUGGUGGCAAGAGCAGCGGUUCGACUGCGUGUGCAUGCUCAACCUGAUCGACCGCUGCAGCAAGCCGCGCACCAUGCUGCGGCAAGCGAGAACUGCUUUAGCUCCCAACGGUCAUCUAAUGCUGGCUCUUGUGCUGCCUUACAAGCCGUAUGUAGAAGCGAAUUCAGACCACAAGCCGGAAGAGAGGCUCCCAAUCCAAGGUGCAACUUUUGAAGAACAAGCGGCUUCUUUCAUCACAUUUAUGAAGGAAGAGAUGCGCUUCGAAUUAGCUGCCUGGUCUCGGGUUCCGUACUUGUGUGAAGGGGACUUUGCACAAGCGUACUAUUGGCUAGAUGACUCUGUAUACGUUUUUAGACCUACGCCCGAGUAAAGUUUCCAACUUGUUUGAAGUGUGACGUCAUCGUAUCAAUUACUUUUUAUGCUAGACGAAAAAUUACUUCCCUUUCUACCUUUUGGCUAUGUUACGAUAUAUGAGAUACGCUUCGAGCUGGUCUCGGGUUCCGUACUUGUGUGAAGGGGACUUUGCACAAGCGUACUAUUGGCUAGAUGACUCUGUAUACGUUUUUCGUCCUAUGCCUGAGUAAAGUGGGGGGAUUUGGGGUGUGACGUCAUCAGAUCCUGUAUUAGAACAAUACUAACGCUAGAGAAGAAAGAGCUAGUCAAAGUUAAUAUUAAACAAUGUACUGUUAAUCAAAUUAAGAAUCCGAAAUGCCCUUCGAGCUGGCCGCCUAGUAGCGCACACCCUUCCAUCUACGUUUUGUAAAAUAAUCCCAUGUAUAGGUCAGAAAAAGAUUCAGGAAGUUUACCUUUUGCUUUUCUAAUUUAUAAUUAAUUAUAAUAUUAUACAAAAAAAGUGUGUGCCGAGCAAACUUGUCAGAAGUGAAACUUUUUUGACAAGAUUCAAAGAUUCCUAAAUCGUCGCCUUACUCCAUGACCUGCUAUUGAUAUGACGCCUGGAAAUUUUACUCUCAACGCGCCUAGUUUCGCAAAAAUUGGUUACCGGUGUUUUUAACAAGAUUUUACGUCUCUCUCAUUUGCUCUUGAUUGUUUGUUCACUUUCGUUAUGUCAUAUAAUUCGAGAAAUGACAUUCCCUUUUGUUUGAAUAUAGUGUU